AUGGCGAGACUCCCUGACGAUGCUGACUACGAUGCCGGCGAAACUUCAGGGAUUGUACCACGUCCACGGUACUACUCUGGAAAUGUUGAUGCAUACAAUGGGCUCCGGAAUAGAAUGGCGAGACUCCCUGACGAUGCUGACUACGAUGCCGGCGAAACGUCAGGGAUUGUACCACAUCCACGCUACUACUCUGGAAAUGUUGAUGCAUACAAUGGGCUCCGGAAUAGGUGCGUUCCUCUAAGUCUUCCUAUCAAGAUGACCAAGUUGCGAAAACGAGGUCAAACAACCUCUUAG